AUGGCUCCGAGUCAGACCACCACAUACACCCGACUCGUGUAUGCGCGGUUAUGUUUGCAAGCUACUCUAACUGCUCAACAUUCAAAGAUUAAUCGGCAUAUUUGCUAUCUGACAGACCGUAAGCGAUUUUUCUCGUCACAGAAAGGGCUCGCCCGCCCGCUUCUCACACCACGGCAGAAAGGCACAUUAUCAAGAAAGAUUCGAUGGGUUCCUAUCUCUUUAGUAGUUGGAAUUUGUUUCGCCGGGCUUGCUCAGAUAUACAACAACUUCAGAAGGGAGUCUACACAAUGCAAAUAUUCGAACGAUGUUUAUUCAGUGAGAGAACCAAAUAAGCGGGAGAAGCCCAAGGCAUCUGGUCCAUGGCAAAUUCAGAUUAUGUCAACCCUGCCACUAAAAGCUUUAUCUAGAAUUUGGGGCAAAUUUAAUGAACUAGAGAUCCCUUAUUUGCUACGAGUCCCUGGGUUUAAGUUAUAUUCAUAUCUCUUCGACGGAAGCCUAUCAGAGGUAUCUGAGCCCGACUUACACAAUUAUCCAAAUUUGUCUGCCUUCUUUUACCGAACUUUAAAACCUGGCGUCCGUCCUCUCGACGAGAAUCCUAAUGCGCUCCUUUGCCCUGCAGACGGAAAAAUCCUUCAAUUCGGAAUAAUUGAGGGUGAUAAAGUCAAACAAGUUAAAGGCAUAACGUAUAGCCUUGAUGCUCUACUCGGUGGACCUAACGACUUUCAAAACCCACUGAAUAGUGAGCUCAUUCCAGAAAUCAGCGCUUCAUCUCCUGCAACACCAAACAGAGAAGAUCAAACCAAAGUUGUAGAGCCUGGUGAAAACUUUGCAAAGGUAAAUGGUAUAUCAUACACUUUAAUAAACCUAUUUUCUGGAUCUAAAAAAUAUAACAAAAAGACGGCCGACGCAUCUACUUUUCCAAAACAGGUGUCGGAGGAGGAGGUUCAGGCAGAAUUUGACUCGGAAAAUUGUUUGAGUCACCAGGACGUCGUCUCUAAGCCUCGGACGACGCUUUACUUUGUUGUUAUAUAUCUAGCACCAGGGGACUAUCAUAGAUUCCACUCUCCCUGUGCAUGGGUUGUUGAAAAGCGUCGGCAUUUUGCCGGAGAACUGUUCAGUGUCUCGCCAUAUCUUCAAAGGAAACUUCCUGGCUUAUUUACAUUGAAUGAGCGAGUGGUACUACUUGGACGGUGGCGAUGGGGGUUUUUCUCCUUUGUGCCUGUAGGUGCAACAAAUGUUGGUUCAAUUAAAAUAAACUUUGAUAGAGAAUUACGGACUAACUCGCUCACAACUGAUACUGCUGCUGAUAAAGCUGCAGAAGAGGCAGCCAGACGCAACGAGCCGUACUGUGGGUACUCGGAGGCUACCUAUGAGGCAGCAAAUCCCAUUCUACGGGGUCAUCCAUUACGUCGAGGCGAGGAGAUGGGUGGCUUCCAACUCGGUAGUACAGUUGUACUCGUAUUUGAAGCAAACAAAGGACAAAGACCAAGUCUCGAUGAAGGCUGGAUGGGUGAUAGUACAGACAGGAAAGGUGGCUGGAUUUGGGCUGUUGAGCAAGGACAGAAAGUCAAAAUGGGUCAAGCAAUAGGAUGGACGAAUGAUUAA